GCGCGCUUUACGCGCCAGCUUUGGCCUCAGCCAGACACAGACUCGCGGCGACCGGAGGAUGGAGAGCGGCGAUGAGGAAGCCACCGAGAAGCACCGCAUCCACCUGCGCCCUGCCACGCUGCGCGACGCUGCCCCCGUCACGCUGCACUUACUGCCCUGUGAGAUCCUGGCUAACCGGCCCGCCCCCGUCGGGCGCUUCUUCACUCCGGCCAUCCGCCAGCGGCCCGCAGGGCUCGAGGUGUCGUUUCGGGGCCGCCUUCUGCGGGGCGAGAAGGUGAUGGUGCCCCGUGGCCUCGCGGGAUACGUGAUGGUGAUGGACGAGAAGGCAGAGGUGUUAGAAAGGAAAUACGCAUCGAGGGGUUCAAAGAACGACGACGAGAAAGAGCAGCAGGAGCGCCCGGAGCCAAUGGAGCGGGACUUCGACCGCUUUCUCAGGGCCACUGCCAGUUUUGCCAGCUUCCACCUGUGGGGCCUGGAGACCGUCCCCGGCCCGGACGCAAAAGUACGCGGGGCCUUGACCUGGCCCAGCCUCGCUGCAGCGGUGAGUAUUCACGCACAGGUGCCUGAAGACUGAGAACCAGAGCUUGGGACUGAAAGCCACUGAUCCCUGCACCCCACUGAACCAGCCCUGUACUUGAGAGCCACUGAUCCCAUCACCCCAAUAAAUGAGCUCUUCAAAGUG